AAUGCGAGUUCAAUUACAAUUAUGAAGAUCCCAACAACAGCAAAAUACAAUUAUGAAGAGUUUUAUUUUACCGAUUAAAACUAAUGAAUCUAAUUAGCAAGGCGCCGAUAGAGUUUUUUUGAAUACGUAUACCGACGCUAAGGCGCGGAUCCAUCAGGCACAGUAGGCUCUAAACUAGCUCACGGCAAACCCUCAUCCUUCGUACAUCGAAAUCAGCGAAGACGAGGAACUUCAACAGGACCAAGACGCAGAGAUGCAAAACAAUGGCGAUCGAGACAACGAAAAUCACUAUGAUGAAGACGAAGAAUUAGAAGAAUUCGAAGAAGAACAAGAGGAAGUAGAAGAAGAAGAGGAAGAGGAAGACUUCAUUGAUGCGGAUUAUGCUGCGUACCUUACAGAACUAUUACGCUCUAGUUUUGGUCACCACGCUGGCGGGAUUUCUGGUGAAACAGAAUCGAGAGAUGGGGCAGAGAAGGGUGGAGAGAAGCGGAGAAGAAUCAGAGGACCGGGAACGUUGUCAUUGGGUGGAAUUGGAAGCGCAGAAGGCUCCCAAGGCAAUGAAUGGAAUCGGAGUGGAAUCGAUGGCCUAUUUUGCCCUAUCUGCUUGGACGCUUGGACCAAUGACGGCGAUCAUCGCAUCUGCUGUCUUCCCUGCGGCCACAUAUACGGCAUGUCUUGCAUAACAAAAUGGCUACAGCGUAGAAAUUCGAGAAAGUGUCCUCAAUGCAACCAGAAAUGCAAGUUGAAGGAUGUUAGGAAACUUUUCGUAUCACAGGUUCUUUCUGUUGAUGAAGAAUCACAAAAGAGGAUUCGGGUACUUGAGGAUAAGUGUGCUUCUCUUGAGGAGAAGGUUGCUGAUCUUUCUAAGAAAGAAGCUGAAUGGCUAAAGCGAGAGGGUGAACUGCAGCAAAAAGUUUAACAGUGUACAGAGCCAUCGAUGGACUCUGCUAAGAUUAUGCAGUCAAUCACAGUUCAGUGCAAUGACAUACUUUAACUGUUUGGAUGAGCAUUUUACUGGAUUAGCGCACCGAAUUGAUGGUAUGGGAGUGAAUUUGGAGCACAGAAUUGAUGGUAUUGAAGCAACUUUGGAGUGAUUGGAUCACCAAAGUCCAGAGGAUGAUGAUCCUCACACUUGAGUUGAUUUCAUUCUCUGGAUAUUUAGCUUAGGGCUUCUUAUCGCUUGUGGUGACCGUAGAGACUCUAUGGUAGUUUGUCAUUUUGGAUCUUGGGUUUGUAGCUUGAGAGAUAAUGCUACUCUUCUGAUGAAUUUGGUACUCCUUGAUCUUGUGAAUUAGGCUCAUGCUUAUGUUGGUUUAUCUUUGUGGAUGUUUUGAAUGACAACUUCGUUGUUCUGUUAAUCCCGUUGCUUAUGGAUGGUUUCUAGUCACUUUCUUAUUGGCUCAGUUUAUCCUUGGCCAUUUGCUUAUGACCUUCACGGUAUGCACGUUUCUUUAUCGGGUUGCUACAGCUACACUUUUGGCUCUAGUUAUAUCACAUAUUAUAUACAUCUGUAAAUUAAUUUCUAAUUGAAAUACGUUUAAGUUUAUUUUAUAUUUUAAGGAUGAGAUGCUCACCAACAAGAAUGACUAUCGUGCAGGAUUGGUGAAGGGGCAUAUCAUGACGUCGGCAUUGGGUCUUAAUUCCGGGCAACAGAUUCUUGAGUUGGGAUCUAGGUGGGUUUGUGACCUCGAGGCUCCUCCUUCUCAGGCAUCAGCGUCGAUCAUGUGGCAAUUGGAUUUGGAGGAGGAGUUGACCCUCGGCGGCAGAGGCUGAGCACAUGUUGGAGCCUUUUCAGCUGUCUUGGAAUCAGACUAUGCAACAGAUACGUACUUUUAUCCCUGCAUUCACCAUACCUCCUGGCCCAUUUGUACUACCAUCAGUGACACAGCCUGCCUUGUUUGUAACACCACCAGCGACACAGCUUGCCCGUUUCUUCCACCACCGGUGGUGCAGUCCGAUGAACAUGCUGGCAAGGAUGAGGGGCAUACCUCUUUGGGUUAAUUCAUUUGUCUUUUCAUUUAUCUUAUGAGCGCCCCUUUUUGUUACUGUGGCAUUUAUUUGAAUAAAACUUAUUUAAGACUUAGAUUACAAUAUAAAUAAAAUAAAAUAUUCAUUAAAAACAAACUAA